CUGCGGUACCCCGGGGUGGUGCACUGGGGUUUGCAUGUUAUGACAGCAGAGGGUAGGGCUGCUCAGGACUGACAUCUCUCUCUGAUUUCAGGAACUGUCCUUCGCCUUUUAAAAGAAAGAAAGAAAAGCAAGGAGCUAAUGUGAGACAUGAGACCCCACAGCAUCAGCCUGGCAGGAAGGCUCCAACGUACGAAGAUGUCCCGGAGUUUCCUGUCUACGCCACUGUGAGUAAACCCAGGAGUGCCAAUCAGGAUGACAGCAUUCAUUAUGCAGACAUCCAAGUGUUCACCAAGGUCCGGGAGCGCUCUGCAGCAGAGGUGAAGAACUUACAAAUGCAGAAUGCCACAGAGUAUGCCACCCUCAACUUCCCCCGGCCCAGGCUGAAAUAUGACAGUAAGAAUGGGACCCUGGUAUAA